CAUGCAGAUGCUGAUGUUGAUACUAGCAGCAGUGGCCACCAUGGUCAGGGCUCAAUCACUGUGCCGGACAUCACUAAAACCCGUUUCUGGGUAUGGAACCAGGGCCUUGGACAUGCGUCAAACCCAAGUUCCUUGUGCAGUCUGUCCCACCAUCCACCUGGCUCAGCAGCAACGCCAUGGGCUGUUGAGGCUAGCUAGCCAAGUGCAUGCUGGGAAGUGUGCUGUCCAUAGUGUCAUGAUCAGCAGUAUCUGACCGGCUAACAUGCAAGAUGCACACAGUGAGGACCGGGAAAGUGUUUGAGUCCGAUAUACAACUUGAAGGGGACCCACUGUUCUACGCCUUCCCCAACACAUUUGUGCUCAAGAACUUGUGCAGGACUAAAGUCGCCGUGUAUCUAGGGAAGAACGUUUUCUUAACGAUAAACAACUUUGAGUCCAGCAUCUUGCCACUCACCGUUCCCAAGUCAAUGGCGGUGGGAGUACCAUCAGUCACAAGUGCCCACUUUGUUUCCGGCUCACUAAUACUGUUUGUGAUCAGUGGAAAAGCCUACAGUUACAAUUUUGAUGAAAACAUCUGGCGUAAAUUGGAAGGUAUAUCAGAUCCUGUCUCUCACAUUAGUGGUGACACUUGUUGUUUUAAAGGCUCCUUUUGCCUGGAGUUAUCAAAUAACCUGUUUGCAUAUCUCCGUGGUGGCCAGAUCCCUGGGACAAACAUAUAUUUCUCUGACAACAGAGGAUUCUCAUUCCAGAUCCUGAAUACUGACAAACUGAGUCACCUAAAAGGAACACUAGGAGGCAUCUUCCAUUUACACUCCAUGUCUCAGGUGGGGAUACUCAUGGUUGACAAUAAUUUGGGCACGUUUCAUUACACGGAGUACCCCCUGAACCAUAGUAUGGGGAUACCCUUUUCAUACAAGAAUCCCCUUGAAGUCAUCAUGAUACCACACCAGAGGGGGUUUCUGAUCCUCUGGAAUCAGACAAGUAUAUUGGUGUCCUCCAAUUCAGGCCAGAUUGUUAAACCUGUGCGGCUGAUAAAUAAGCAGAACGUUACAGACUUAGAUGUCACAAGUGCCAACAUCACCAUUCACAGUGUUGCCUCAAAUACUUACGAGCUGGCUUUUUUGGUAGCAGAAGAUCAUCUAUACUAUGGAAGUCAGAAUUACAUGGGAACCUCCAUAAUCAAACUGUUAGAUCAACCUCUCUGGUCUAAAGACACGAGCAUCUAUUUUGAGAACGUUGGCAUGCUGGAGGUCCUCACCCCUGUUGAUGACCCAAAUUUUGCAGCGUUUGACUUUAAUAAGUGUAUGGUGAAUGUGCAGGCCGCUCUCAUGGACAAAAGUCUGGAGCUUGAACCAUGUAAUGUGGAACUUCUGGAAAGCACCAUGAUAGAUAAAAUGUUCACAAUAGACAUGAAUAGCAAGCUAAAACUGUCUGCCCUCAUGGUACCUCGGAUGGGCAAGAACCCCACCCCACUGGUCAUGGUCAGCAAUCCUCAUGCCCUGGGGUUUAAGGCAAACCUCAAUCAGUUUGGCCACACGUUUGAUGGCAACUCUAAGUACAAACUGGAUAUUGAACUCCAACAGCAGCAUCACUGGGGCAACUCAGAGUUCAAUUUCACUGCCAGCAUCAAGCGCCAUGCCAUCUCCUCCAUAACCGUGGACAUAGCUGACAAGACACUUUCGUGUGUGGACCUAAAGCCUCUGUCCACACUCAUCUCAGUUGGCUGUGACUUGACAAAGAAAAUCGUUGUGCAAAACAAAAUCUCUGCCUGCAGCAUGGGAAUCCUCAGCCCCGUGGAGCUGCAGAAGAACUAUACCUACACCAUCGAGAGGGAAGCAUAUGACCCAAUCAACCACAAUGGUGAAGCCCAGGAUGACCUGAUAGUAUUCUACGAGUACAAGGACCUGGGCUGUCCCCGCCUAGUCUACUACGACAAGCCAUGGAAACCUGUGGUGGAAUUGUGGAAGAAUGGGAUUCUAGAAGAAAUCAUGAAUGCAGAGUAUGUCAUCUUGGAGAUGAAUGGACUAGUCACCUACUCAUACUCCUUGACGGCUGCCACUGCAAACUGCCGAUCACAGCCUCAGAACUGGAGCAACUUUGAAGCGGACAUUGAGAACGAGGAUCAGUUCCUCUGGAACAGAGAGAACUAUGUCAGCUGCCAUGAGGACAGCAAAGACAACCCCCUGCUAUGGCCAAAUGUCGAGUAUCAGGUCUUAGGUGGCCGGACAAACAACAGGGUUAUUUUUGGCCAAAGAAAUGGAAUCUAUACCUUCCAUCUGUCUGUGGUGGAUCCAUACUACAGCUAUUGCAACCUGAACACCAUAUUCAGCGUGUAUGUGCACGGGGCCUUACCAGUGGCGAAGUUCCAACCAUUGGUCAGCAUCACCCUGCUGGUCACCAUAACCCUGCUGACUGUGUGGCUGGCCUAUGCUAUCCCCAAGCAGCUGAGGACGCAGAAAGACCAGCGACCUUUGGGUUUGUGCUUCCAGAUAUUCCAGUCCUGCCUAGGGAUCUGUACCUGCGCCUGGCUUCGUGGCAAACUGAGAAAGUGGCUACGCCCCAGGAGGGUGAGCGAUCAGCCUGAGAAAACCCUACAGACAGGCAAGAAGCGAGGCGACCCGAAAUAGUCAAAGACAUAGGGGCUGCCCUAGACUCAAAGUGAGCCCCAGUGAGGGGCCUUUCGCCUCCAUGUGUGUCCAUGUUGGCUUUUGUCCCAAUAAAUUGUUAACAAUGAAA